AUGCGUGUUGCUGCAGCUAUCAUCCCCGCACUGCUCGCGCUCGCCGCCCCGCCCUCGUCAGCAGCGCAAUUGCCGUUGCAAUGGUCGGAGCAGCAGCAACUGAGCAACCCCACUCCUGACGGAAAGGCCAUUUCUGCAGACGGCAACGGCCACCUGCUCCCGCUGCCUACGCUGCAUGAGCUCCUGACGCUGCACCGCGAGAUCGUCAAGAUUGAAUCCAUCAGCGGCAAUGAGUACAAGGUCGGCUGGUGGCUGGUGUCGUACCUGAAGGAGAAUGGCUUCAACGUCGAAACGCAGAGAGUUGGCGUUGGAGAGAAGGGGAACACGAGGUUCAACGUUCUUGCCUGGCCUGGCGAAAAGAAAUUCACGAAGUUGCUGGUCACCAGCCAUAUCGACACGGUUCCCCCUUACCUGCCGUAUUCAUUCGACACCAAAGACGACAAGAUAUAUGGCCGCGGUAGCGUCGAUGCCAAAGGCUCCCUCGCGGCCCAGGUCACGGCCGUCAUCUCGCUGCUUGCCAACAGCAGCUCCCCGCUGGACCCCAACGACGUAUCCUUGCUCUUCGUUGUCGGCGAGGAGACAAGCGGCGAUGGCAUGCGCACCUUCUCCGACUCGCCGCUGAACCCGCUCAACUACAGCGCCGUGCUGUUCGGCGAGCCGACCGAGAACAAGCUCGUCAGCGGCCACAAGGGCAGCAUGGGCUUCCGAGUGCACGUGACCGGCAAGGCCGCCCACUCGGGCUACCCGUGGCUGGGCGUCAGCGCGAACAACAUCCUCGUCAAGGUCCUGAGCCGGUUGAUCGACCUCGAGGCAGGCACAGUCGAGGGCGCGGAGCUGCCGUGGAGCGACAAGUAUGGCAACUCGACGCUGAAUGUCGGCACCGUGUUCGGCGGCGCUGCAGGCAAUGUUGUCGCGGAGACGGCAAACUCGACCAUCGCUGUGCGGUUGGCAGGCGGUUCCCCGUCCAAAGUGGAGCGAGAGAUCGAGAAGGCGCUCGCGCCCGUGAUCGAAGAGGUGGAGAAGGCUGGUGGGAAGGUUGAAUUUGAGUAUCGUAAUAAGGGAUAUGGCCCUGUCGACAUGGACUGCGAUGUCGAAGGCUUUGACUGCAUCGCCGUAAACUACGGCACAGAUGUCCCGUGGCUCAAAGGCGAUCAUAAAAAGUAUCUGUACGGUCCUGGAAGCAUCUUUGUGGCCCAUUCGGCGCACGAGGCGAUUGCCGUGCGCGAUCUCGAGCAGGCGGUUUUGGAUUACCAGAAACUCAUCCUCGGCGCUCUAAAACAAUAG